GCGGAUAAAAGACGCCUACAUCUUGGAUGCCCCUGAGGUAACCGUGUUGUUAACGGAGGGUCGUGUCCGGUAUUGUUCCCGAAACGCUUCCCCUCCCCCUGAAGCCGGAGUCUGAAACACUCUUCUCCAGCGGCUUUACCAAGGCCUCCGCUUACGGGAACCAAUAAACACAUUCCCACAGACCAUCCUGAAGGAAUGUGUACCGGAUUCCUGUCAGAAUUGACAAACAACCCAAGUAAGAAAUUAUGUAAGAAUCAGAAAAUAUCCUGAUGAAAUGCGGAUUGUAUUUUGACUGUAAAAAAAACCCUCUAAAAACAUUGAUUGGGUCUCAAUCCUGAUAAUAAUAGGAGUCCAAUUGAAAACAAUGUUAGAAAAGGCAGUUCCACAGACAAAAAUAACAAAAUCAGAUUUGUUUAAUGUCUGGAUUUCUGUGUGUUAGCUUAGCAAUGCCAUUAAAUGUAAAGCCACAUAGCGCUUUAUACAGUUUCAAAGCAGCUUCACAGUAAUAAACAGGAUAAAACUGUGUUAAAGUUGUAAAAUGAACAAUUUUUGAAAGCUGUAAAGCAGAAGACAAUAGUGUGACUGUUCCGCUCAAUCCAGUUCAGUGUUGUAAUGGUGGCUAUGGCUAUAAUAAUAGUGACUCAUUUGAUUUUUUGUUUUACACUCUUAAAGCGAUCCAAUAGAAGAAGUACUUCUGGUUCCCCAAAAAAAACAUUUCAGUGAACAGUUCUGAAAAGAAUAAUUUUUUCUUAAUGCGAAGAACAUUUUAAUAAUCCAAAGAAUUUCAAAAGUUGAACUAUCAAUUCCAGUAAUAAACCUUUAACAGGAAUGAUGCUUAAAAAGACUUAUGAAUAGUGAGAUUCAUGUGCUUUGUUAGAGAGGUGUGAUGUAGUAUUGCUCUGUUCUGAGGUGUGAGUGUGUGUGUGUGGUGGGGGUUUCUCUGGGCCCCUCUUUUUACCGUUUCCUUGGUCACCCUGAUGGACACACACACACUUUUGCUAUGGCGGGCUCCGAGAAGUGCAGCAUCGUGCCGGAGUCUCCUGAACCAGAGCCCUGCGACCGACUACAACUGGACCAGAACCAGAAGAAGGAGGAGGAGGAUGAGGAUGAGGAAGAUGAAGGAUCUGAACCUCAGAACCAGGAGCCUUCGGAUCCGGAGUGUGUGGAGGAGAGAUUCCGGAUCGACCGGAAGAAGCUGGAGCUCAUGCUGUACGCUCCUGAAUGUUCUGGAUUGUCAGGCGAGGAUUUCUUCGAGAAGGUGAUGAGAGAAACACACACGCAGGUGAAAUGGCCGUCCAAGCUGAAGAUUGGUGCGAAAUCAAAGAAAGAUCCUCAUGUUAAAGUGGAGGGGAAACGAGCAAAUGUUCUGGAGGCCAAACGGAUGAUUCUGGAGCUUCUUGAGACUAAGGUGAAUAAAGUCACGCUGAAGAUGGACGUCACACACACGGAGCACUCUCAUGUGAUCGGGAAAGGGGGCGGGAACAUUAAGAAGGUCAUGGAGGACACUUCCUGUCACAUUCACUUCCCCGAUUCCAACCGGAACAACGGCACGGGCGAAAAGAGCAACCAGGUGUCCAUCGCCGGGCCGGUUCAGGGGGUGGAGUCUGCGCGGAGACGCAUCCGGGAUCUGCAGCCCCUGGUGCUGACCUUUGACCUCCCCGUGACCCUUGUGGGGGGUGUUGUGGCAGACACAGGGUCUCCGGUGAUCCAGCACGUGGCUCAGGCGUUUGGAGUGAGCGUGAGCUUCAGAUCGCAGCCCAAACUUUACUGCAGCUCCUGCAGCGUGAGGGGAGUGCAGGGAAACACUGCUGCCCUGAAGAAGGCGACGUGUGUCCUCAUGGAGCUGCUGCUGGGCUCGGGUUUGACAGGAGUGAUGGUGAGCACACAGCUGGACGUCACCUCGCAGCAACACUUGUUCCUGUUGGGUCAAAACGGAGCGAACUUCCUCACCGUGAUGCAUCAGACACACACACAGAUCAUCCUGCCCGACCUCAGCGCUCCGCAACACACACCCUCGCUCCUCAUCCAGGGCACGGCUGACGGAGUGUGUCUCGCUCGACAGCAGCUGAUGGACUGUCUGCCCGUCUGUCUGAUGUUUGAUUUGAAGGACGAGGGAGAUUCUGACCCUCGGAAACUCGCUCAGAUGAUGCAGAACCUGGGAGUUUUUAUCAGUGUCAAACCGAAGGUCAAGCAAACAGUGAAGUCAGUGGUUGUGAAAGGUUUGGAGAGGAACAUCAUGAACCUCUAUGAGGCCAGACGUUUGCUGCUCGGGCUGGACUCCAGUGAGGUCUCGGGGACCACCAAGACCCCCGUGGACCCUCCGGUGGCCAAUAGUGGAAUCACAGGCUACUGGCUCAAGGUGUUAAUGCAACAACUGGGCCUCACUGAGACAGAUGCUGUGAUUGGCUCUCCCCCUGGGAAGCCCCGCCCCACACCACCACCUGGAUUGGCUGUUACAUCAGAGGAUGGACGGAUAGGACUCAAAGGAGUGGAGUCUAAAUUAGAGAAGAUUCCAGAGAACGACGAUCCCCAGACACCAGCAGAGACGGGGUCCUGUGUCUCGCCACAUGCGGAGGUGACAGAGGUCAGAGAGGUCGUUGCCAAGACAACUGUCUCAUCAAGGAGAGGCAGCCAAUCAGAGGCCUUCAGGGAGCCAAACCAGCCGCUCACGUCUGAGAGGUCAGUGAGGGUGGAGGUGGAUGGUGUUUGUUUGAACAGAGACAGACGCUGUAGUCUGAGAAUAUUCCCCUCCGCCGAUCCUCAUAAUGAGGACCAUGAAUACGAGAGAAAAAAGCAUCUGGCAACUCAAGCCAUGCAGCAGACACCUGUGGUCACUGAGGUUCGCACCCCCACUGACACCUGGGCCGGUUUGGGCUUCUCGAAAUCGAUGCCCACCGACGCUGUGCGCGAGCUGAGAGCCGUGAGCCGCCGCUGCUACAGACCCUACAACAACAACCAGCAGCAGGUGUGGAGUUCACAAAGUGGGAAGGAACGCUGUUGGAACGGCAGCGACUCGGGAAACUGGAGAGAAAGACGUGGAUCUGCAUCUUCAUCACCACCUUCAUCAUCAUCCUUUCUUGCCUAUAAUUUGCCAUCAGCCCGAACAUCGGAGGGCCACCUGACCAGCUCUGAGGGCGGGGCUACAGUGUCCAGACAUUUGAUUGGCAACUCUCCCAGUCCCGCCCACGCAGAUGAUCUCAUAGAGUUACUGGCACAGCUGGGUCUGGAGAAAUACAUUGAUAUUUUCCAACAACAGGAGAUCGAUUACCAGACGUUCCUGACGCUGUCAGACGAGGAUUUGAAGGAAGUGGGCGUGAACACAUUUGGAGCGCGGCGGAAGAUGAUUCUCGCCAUCACGGAUUUGAGUAAAAAGAGGACAUUUCCAGAAGCGCCAACUGUGAAGUCCAGAUACCUGGAAGGCGGAGCUAGCGGACGUCUUCCACGAAUCAUGGACGAGGACUUGGCUGCCAAGAGUAACCGAUGGUGACCGGAUCAUGUGAUCUCUAAAGACUAUAGCAUUACCUGUAAUGCACCUGGGGCCAGUUUGUGCUUUCUGUCAUGUGGCCCUCAGGGACCAAUCAAAAUAUGACAUGACAGAUGAUUUCCAUAUAAGACAGAGAGGACAGAUGUGCUGUGACUCUCAGAGGAAACAUGCGGAGAAGCGUGACCUUCAGCUUGAACCCACUGCCCGUCCAACGCCAAUACUUAGUAUGCAAGUCUGACUCUCUCUACCUCCGUUUCUCUUUCUACUGCUGUUCUAUGCAAAACUUUAUUUCCUUUAUGUUGUUCAAAUAUAAGAAUGCUUUCAGACACUGUUUAAAUUUGGAUCUUCCAUUAAAUGAGACACAAAAACA